GCGGAGACAACUAGACGUACCAUACAUUAUAUCCGGGAGUUAAAUCAUGUUUAUAUUCUGAAAUCAGUACUUUCCUUCUAUCUAGCGAGACACCAUAACUACCACAAUGCGCAUGAUCGUGAUCCUACUUGGCCUUCUUGGCUCCUCCUUCCAGCAGUCAUGUGACCCGACAGUCUGCACCAUAGAAACAAAUUGCCGUUGCUACAACGACCCAACACCACCCGGUGGUCUCACGAACAGCGACAUCCCACAGAUCGUCAUGCUGUCAUUCGAGGGCACUAUAAACACGGACAGCAGUGGAUACUACAACCAGCUCUUGGGCGCCAACAACCCCAAUGGCUGUCCAAUCACCGCUACUUUCUUCAUACAGGACGAUGGCAGCGACUACAAACUCGUCAAGAAAAUGUAUGACAACGGAUCUGAACUUGGAGUCAACUCACUGAAAGGAACAGCCCCGAAAAGUUCUACUGGAUGGAUUGAAGACAUAAAAGGUGUUGUGCAAUCCCUCACCGAUGUCGGUGUGAAGCCCGAAGAUAUCCAGGGAAUCCGGGUACCACAACUCCAAGUCGGCGGAACCGAUCAGUUCAUUGGAAUGGGAAGCAACGGGCUGACUUACGAUUCUUCUUGCUCCAAUGUGGGGUUUUCCUCCCCGAGUACCUUUAUCUGGCCUUACACCCUCGACUUCGUGCCUGGGGCCUCGUGUGACAACGGUGAUGCACCAGACAAGCCCUUCAAAGGAGUGUGGGAGUUUCUGAUUGCCGAUUACCACGAUCUGUCCGUCGAAGGUCUGCCCUGCGUUGUACCAUCCGGCUGCAGAAAUAUCACCACCAAGAGAGCCGCAUUUGAUCUCUUCUUUAACUCAUUCACGGACCAUUACAACGGAGGAAGAACACCUUUUAAUAUGCUGAUUGACCCGGCUUUUGCCGCCAACCAGGACCUGAGAGACGGAACUAUUGAGUUUCUGCAGUACAUCCGAGCAGCGUUCGGGAGUGACGUAUGGAUUGUGUCCAUCCAAAAGGCCCUACAGUGGAUCAAGGACCCAACUCCUCUAGCCAACCUUACGACCUUUGCACCCUGGUCCUGCUAAAAACCAUUGAAGGGGCAUUGUUAUAUUGAGGAAUUGUUAGUAAAUGAGAAACUUUUUCAACGAAAUGUGUGAACAUUGUGAUUAUUGUUCUGUAAUUUCCACAGAAUCAACAGGGCAUUUAGUAUUCUUGUUAUAUUCAGACUUAUGAUAAAUUUCAGGAUGCACGGAUGAAUAGUGCCAAGCAGAGUUUCUCUCUCUUCAAAAUGCUAUGUUAAAAGCUUGCUACAGUUUUGAUAACUUUUGGAGUUCAAAUAAACAACACUACUAAUACAAUA